AUGGCUAUCAUCUUUAUCAUAAGUAAACUCUUUAGUUGUCAUUGUUGUCGAUCUACAGAAUAUAAAGAGCCAAGUAAUUCCGACAGAGUCAAACGGACGACAUCUCACAUUGUUGAAAAUGUGAUAGCGCGCCAAGAUGGCGAAUCAAGGCUUGUAACAUGGUCGCUUACACGUGUAAGAGGUGUCAUUCCUGUCCAUCAAUACAACAUCUAUCGCACCUUCACGCCUAGUGCUCAACUUGAUAUUACUCGUCUGAGCCCAGUCGCCACCAUCAGUUCAAGCUCGACAAGGAAAUGGAAAGAUAACUGCAGGACAGAGGCAGUUUCUGUUCGUUAUGCUGUAACCAUCGUUGAUUUGCAUAACAAAGAACAUACGGACUCUGCAGCACUGUCGGAAUUGCUGCUGCUUGUUGGUUCUUUCAUACCGGCAACACCCAUUAGGAUUUUGCUGACUGGUUCACGACGUAACACGUGUUGUGUUAUAUGUCACGACGUCGCGUUCAAUUCAGAUCUAAAUGAAUUUUUGCUAGCACAUGAUUGUGAUACUGAUGGGGAUGGAUACGGUGACGAGAUAUAUGUAGUUAGAAUGGAUGCUUUUGGAAAUCGCCUUGAAUCGUUAAAGUUCACAUCGUCUUCUCAACAAGAUAAAUCAAUGGAAGGAUGCCCAAAAGUAGCCUACAAUCCCGUAUACAAAUCAUUCAUAGCAGCGUAUCUCGUGCGUACUCCAAGCAUCAAUUCCAACAAAUCGGUAAUGUUUAUACGAGUCAUACCAAGCGGCCGCAUAACUAGAAACCUACCCAGACCACGUCUAACUGUGCAAGGACGGACUCGCCAAAGACAAGCAGCAGACAUAAACAAACUUUCACCAGUCAUAUUCAACCCAGUCACGAACGGUUACGUGGUAGCAGUUCAAAUUGUCAAACCACACGACGUCAUAGAAAUCCUAGCCAUCUACCUCGACCAAGACGGCCAAGUACAGUCAGGAGGUUCAGCGUUCUCCUAUAAAGUACAUGUCAAGCAACCAAAUCUCGCCUACCACAAAGAGAGCAGGAGCAUCGUGUUUGUAUCACAGCUAGACAAAACCUACACAAGUACCUCAAACGGUAAACACUUUAUCGUCAUGCGAACGGAACCAGCGUCUGGAAAAAGUAUAGAUGUCGGUCCUCGGACAUCGAUAUUAGUUGCCACCACUUCCAUCGAACAUUCGUCCAUCAGUAUACGCGAAGACAGCGUCGACAAGUGCUUUCGCGUUUGCUAUCUCGUCACAAACAAAGACGGUUUGAGAGUGCCAAGGUGUAGCAAGUUGUGCGCUGUCGGAUCACAAGGAUGGAGAAGCUCGGAUGUCGAUUAUUCGUUUCAUGUCUGCAAUGCAAUGGCAGACAAUUCGAUUGUAAUCGACUAUCCACGUAAUGGUGCUAUCUUUGCCUUGUGGGAAGAGAGAAAAAGAGGCUAUAACCGUCUGCAUGGAUACUACAUAAACCCUAUACAUUUUCAACAGAGUCUACUGGCCACCAUUCCGACAAAUCCGUAUGCUGUUUACAGAGAGAGUGACGGGCAAGUGUGCGUUAGCUGGAAGUAUAUCUCUAAAAAGGAUACCUGCAGUAAAGUUGCAUUCAGGUGCUUUACAAGGUCGAUCAAUUGCGAUGAUCCGUGCAGCUGUCGGAGCAAAUUCCCGGUUUGUGGCGAGUGUGGCUAUCAGAUAUGCGACUCGAAUGCUAACUGUACUGCAGCGCGGCAAUGCAGAUGCAGAAGUGAGUUGGGAUACACGGGAACCGGCACCUCUUGCCAAUUUGAUCCUUGCACACCAGAGCGAGGCGCAUGCUCGGACAAGGAAAACUGCACACCGAAUGGCCAUUCUGCUGUCUGCACGUGCAAGAAUGGAUACAAAAGAGUGAAAGGCGUGUGCAUUGUUUCAGAUCCCUGCGCUACCGGUGUUCACGAUUGCGACAUCAAUGCCUACUGUGAACGAAUUCAAGGACGCGAGUACAAAUGCCAUUGCUAUAAGAAUUUUAUCGGCAACGGAAGAGUCUGUGUUGAUGCAAGGCAGUGUCAUCAAAAUGCUAACCGUGACAAUGGCAAAUGCACUUGCAAUCGCGGAUAUGUCGGAAGCGGAGCUUUUUGCUGCAAACUAAAUUUCCAAGACAAGAUUGUAACACUUGGCAAGUCUGUCAAUCUGGUGUUCGAAGUAUCUUGUUUAGGUAAAUUCCUAGACUAUACUCAAUUUCAAUGGUUCCACAAGGAAGACUCGUUACCAAUUGACACAAGAUCUCGUAGCAGUAAGUAUUCACUUACAAGACGAGACACUUUUCUUCGAAUAAGAAACAUUACGAGAAACCAGCUAGGACAGUAUAGAGUACAGUUUCAUGUGGGCAAUGAAGGACCGUUUACAGCUUCAGCAAGAGUCGACGUGGACGGACCGAAGGGAAAGUGCGAUUGUGGACGUUCCGGGAGAGUCGGUACGCGGAUCGCUCCAGGUGGCAAAACUGCUACAGCCGGGGAGUAUCCAUGGCACGCCAUGUUGUGCGGAAGGAAGGGCGUCUUCUGCGGAGGAGUGAUGAUCAGCAAGUGCUGCAUUCUGACGGCAGCGCACUGCGUGAAAGGGCCAGGUGCAAACAGCGAGUUCAACACAAAAAGAGGCACGAGCCUCAAGAUCUGUCUGGGACGAGCAUGUGGCAACUGCAGCCAAGGAUACUACGAUCCCAAAAACCGAAGAAACAGGAAGGAGGCCCAGUGUUUCAAAGCUCACCGGAUCAAAAUCCAUCCCGGCUAUAUAUACAACGCCACUCACUUAGAGAACGACAUCGCCAUCGUUCAGUUGAGACCCGACAAGUGCAUCAAAUGUGUUACGUCUAGCGCCUCACCGGUUUGCCUGCCUGUGGCGACCCGAGACGCGUCCUAUCUACAGCCUGGAAGUAAAGCGUGGGUGUCAGGAUGGGGGGAGAUCCGCCUAGGACAAGGUCCGUCGCACUGCUUGAGAAAGGGUCGCACGGAAAUCGUUGAGAGAGACAGAUGUAGAGCUUACUACGCGCGAGAAUCGUAUACAAUCAGUAGAAAUCAGAUGUGUGCUCUUGACGAGAAAGGUCCGUGUAACGGAGACAGCGGAGGCCCACUGAUUUUCAAGAAUAAGCAAUAUGAUAACCGAUUUGUGUUGGCUGGUCUAGUGAGUUGGGGAAAGGGUUGCGGACGCAGCGACACCUAUGGAGUUUACUCAGACGUCUCUCAUUUUCUCGACUGGAUUUACCAAAAAUGCAGCGAUUAUAAGUAGGCCUCAAUCUAGCCAGUGAUUGCUGCAGCGCGUAGCAAGAAACUCACAAACUGAUGAUCAACUUUUCUGCCUUGUCUUCAUUUUGUUGAUGUUUAGUAGUUUACUCUGUUUUCGUCCGCAUAACAAUAUUUGGUUAUAUGCCAAUAUGCUUGCCGAGAUCAUUCAAUUCUAGAA